GAUACAAGUAUACACCAUGUCAUCUGCGGGCAGUAGCAUGGCAGCAAGCCAAUCUUCAGUCGGUGGUACUGCGAGCAACAACAUUGAGGUUGAUGGUGCAGGGGAAGAGGUUGAGAAUGGUGUUGUCAAUCCGAAAUACCCAUUCUGGAAGCAUGCUACAAAACUAGCAAGAGACCCAUCAAGUCGAGGAGGCAACACACGUUUCCGUUGCCACUUCUGUAUGAAUGAUUUCCCAGGCAGCUAUACAAGAAUAAGAGCGCAUCUUCUUAAGAUAUUAAAUGUAGGCAUAAACUCUUGUACCAAGAUAACACAACCUCUCUUUGAGGAACUUCGCAAGGAAGAUAAGGCAACUGCUCUACUUAUUUCACAUAGUAAAACUAGGAACACAGUUCCUCUACCACCCUUUGAGGAAUCUGGUUCAUUGGCAUCAUCAAGGAAAAGAAAGGCAACAGGAAAGCAAUCUGGGAUUUCAGAAAGUUUUCAUGCAGAGGUUCGACAACAAGCUGAUGCUCUCAUUGCAAGAAUGUUCAUCACCGGAGGGGUUCCCUUCAAUCUAGCAAGAAAUCCUUACUAUUGGGAGUCCUACAAUUUUAUCGCAAAAAAUGAAAUGGGUGGCUAUGUGCCUCCUGGAUAUAACGCAUUGAGCACAACCUGUCUUGCAAAAGAGAAGAAACAUGUUGGGAGGAUGCUAGAGCCCCUCAAGUCCACAUGGCCGCUCAAAGGAGUGACUAUUGCGACUGAUGGGUGGGCUGACCCUCAAAGGAGACCAAUUUUGAACUUCAUGGCUGUGACAGAGAGUGGUCCAAUGUUUCUAAAGGCGGUCAACACUGAAGGGGAGACCAAAUCUAAGCAAUUUGUAUUUGAGAGGAUGAAGGAAGUGGUUGAGGAGAUUGGAUCCGAGAAUGUGGUCCAAGUGAUCACGGACAAUGCAUCCAAUGUCAAAGGUGCUGGAUUGAUGAUCCAAGCAAAGUACACCAAUAUUUACUGGACUCCUUGCAUUGUGCACUGCCUCAAUCUUGUGUUGAAGGAGAUAUGUGAUCCAAAGAUGCAUGAUGAAGACUUUGAAGUUCUUAACUUUAUAAAAGAGGUUUCCGAACUAGCUCUCUUUGUCAAGAACUUCAUAAUGACCCAUGGCAUGAGGUUGUCAAUGUUGAAUGAGUUUAGCAAACUUAAGUUUCUUCACAUAGCAUAA